UGAUGAGUGAGUUGCCUAGUCAGAGUCGCAAGCUUCACAGACCAGGCAAGCGGGACCAGAAACUUUGAUGGUUUUACGAGCAAGCUACCUUCUCACCUACAGAAGCAUUGCAUCUCAAACUCGCGCAGUCCACGGCACAUUCCCGCUCACAAUGCCCGCCGUCACUCGUAGUCUGCGGUCGUCGACGCGCCCAAGCACGACGACGACAACGACGACGGCUUCGGACGAGAGGAAGCCAGCGCCCGAAAAGACCAAGACCUCGGGGGCAGCGGUGAAGAACAAGAAGAGUGCGAACUCGGCAGCUCCGCCAAAGGUGGCCGGCGAUCGCAAGAGGAAAGCCGAGGAACCCAAGCCCGAACUCGCCGACGACGAGCCCAACCCCAAGCCCGCCAAGAAGGCCAAGAAGCCGGCUGCAGGAAAAAAGGAGGCGCCGCCCAAGAAGACCAAGGACGAGCUCGCCGCGCUGCGUGACGCUCCGGUCCCGGACGUCAACCCGGACGCCGAGCCCAGGGACCCGCCGGGCCCGCGGUACUGGCUGAUGAAGUCGGAGCCGGACGUACGCGUUGAGGACGGCUAUGAGAUCAAGUUCUCCAUCGACGAUCUGGCGGCCAAGAAGACGCCCGAGGGGUGGGAAGGCAUUCGCAACUACGUUGCGCGGAAUAACCUCAGGGGGAUGCGCAGGGGCGACAAGGCCUUCUUCUACCACUCCAACUGCAAGGAGCCCGGCGUUGUGGGCAUCAUGAGCAUCGUCAAGGAACACUCCCCAGAUUGGAACGCCUGCAUCAACGACAACCCGUACUACGACGCCGCCGCCCCUCACGAUGGCAGCCGUUGGAGCCUCGUCCACGUCAAGAUCGAACACAAGUUCCCACGCAUCGUGCCGCUGAGCCUGCUCAAGGAGUCGCGCAGUACCACCGGCCCGCUGCGGGACAUGGAGCUGCUGAAGCAGGCCCGGCUGAGCGUCACCAAGGUCACGCGCGAGGAGUGGGACGAGGUCAUCCGCAUGGCUCGGGAGCGCGACGAGGACGGCGAGUGGGACAGGACCGUCGAGGAGUCCAAGAAGUUCCCCAACUACUCGGCGGCGUGAGGCGGCAGGCCUUUCUUUCUUGGCUUCUUGUGCUUCUUGUUCUGUUUUUCGUUCUGACCAGUUCGAUUAGGCUGACUCUGCAAGUGGUAUCAAGGAUUCGGGACACCGGAUACAUCCCGCCGGGCGCCGCUUCUAAUUCCCGUCAUGUUGUUUGCGCCGUUGUUGUGAAAAACACACAAAAAAACCGAAAACACUUUUAUGUAUCCCCCUUUCUCGUUUCUCCAUGUACCACCACCACCUGUACCAUACCCCUCCACCCCCUUUGUACAAUACCCAACCGUAAGCAGCAGC